CCAGUUCGCCACCAGGGGGUCGAGCUCUAGCGGGAGGGAGCGGCCGCCGCCAUGAGCCACAAGAGCCCGCCGCUGCCGCCGGACCCCCGCGAGGACGGGUACGACUACCGGCUCGACGUCUCCAUCGGAGAUAAGAAGGACGACCGCUUCUGGGGUGAGGAGAUCGUCAAACCAAGCCGGAAACUAUCUUUCGAGCGCGACAUCCGGGUGCAGGAGUUCGAGAAGGAGCGCAGCUCGAGCGAGGUGCGCAAGCUGGUGCGCUCGCCCGAUACGAAGGCGCGCGCCGCCGAACCAUCACUCGACAGCAGUGGUUCGGUAUCGCAGAAGAGUCGGAGAAGCCGCCACAGAAAGAGGCACAAGCGAAAGUCCAGAAGGAAGAGGAAAAAGAAGAAGAAGAAGAGGCGCAGCAGGGAUGACGACAGCACAACGGCGACAACCGGGGAGACGACACAGUCCAGAAAGGAUCAGUCCUCGGGUGCUUCGCUGUCACAGUUACUGCCUUCAGCCGUAGCCAACUUCUUCACAGUGGAUCCGGCAGCGAGCCCGCCUAUGGACGAGAGAGCCAUGGAUGCAGCUGCCAUCGGCGAACCUGCGGGUGUCAUGCAGCCGACAGAUGUUACCACCGCAGAGACGUUGCCGCCAAAGAGGAAGCGGAAAAAAACACCGCCGGUCCUCGCGCGAAGGGGACGCGGCCACUUUCUGGCCGCCGGCCAGCGGCGGUGAAGCGAUGGCGACGGGUUCCCCCGACUCGUCUACCCAGCAGUGGACACCUGACACAGCAGACCGGCAAGGAGACCACAGACAGCAGCGGUACCCUGUACAAGCAGCGUACGACCAACAAGCACGUGACACUGCUG